AUGAAUUUAUCUGAGGGUAAAAUAGAUAUCAUUCCUGUGUAUCACAAUACUGGCCGAAGAGAAGCUAUUCUUGGUAAUCAGAUCACUACAUGGUGCCUUAAUAAUAUGGCCUUAGUUGGAGAGUUCGGCGGACCAAAUACCGGCUGGACUUUACCUUUGCCCGAUACUCCUGUUAGAUGCCCCGGUUACUCCGUCGUGCUUAUUGCUAGGUUUCUGAUUGUUAUACAUGUGACAUUUUUGGAAUAUUUUUUUUUAACUGUUAAUGUUAUUGCAGAUGGAACAUAUUAUCGAGAGGAAGCAUUUCCAGCGAUAGCUCCGAACUUUGUCGUUGAAAUACGAUCACAAUCAGAUACGGAAGAUAAGGUUCAUGAAAAGAUGAUUAUGUGGAUGAAUGCUGGAGUUGAAGAAGGAUUUUCUAUCGACCCGUUUACUCAUAAAGCACGUAUCUAUCGCCGUCAGUUCCAUUGGCGUGAAAACGUCAAUCCUUCCAUUUUGACUUCAAAUGUUCUUAACGGAUUUGUCCUCAACUUACAAGGAAUCAUUUAA